UUGGUGUGGCACACCGCUACAAAUUGGUGUGGCACACCACUACAAAUUGCUGUGGCACACCGCUACAAAUUUAUGUGGCACACCGCUACAAAUUGGUGUUGCACACCGCUACAAUAUGGUGUGGCACACCACUACAAAUUCCUGUGGCACACCGCUAGAAAUUGCUCUGGCACACCACUACAAAUUGGUAUGGCACACAACUACCAAUUGGUAUAGCACACCACUACAAAUUACAGUGGCACACUACUACAAAUUGCUGUGGUACACCACUACGAAUUGCUGUGGAACACCACUACAAAUUGGUGUGCCACACAACCACAAAUUGGUGUCGCACACUAAUACCAAUUGCUGUGUGUGGUACGCCGUUACAAAUUGGUGUGGCACACCACUACAAAUUGCUGUGGCAGACCACUGCAAAUUGCUACAAAUUGCUGUUGGACACCACUACAAAUUAAUAUGGCACACCGUUGGACACCACUACAAAUUAAUAUGGCACACCACUACAAAUUGCUGUGGCACACCCCUAAAAAUUGGUGUGGCACACCACUACAAAUUGGUGUCGCACAUCUCUACAAAAUGGGGUGGCACACCUCUACAAAUUGGUGUGGCACACCUCGACAAAAUGGGGCAGCACACCUCUACAAAUUGCUGUGGCACACCACUACAAAUUGCUGUUGCACACCGCUACAAACUGCUUUGGCACACCACCACAAAUUGCUGUGGCACACCACGACAAAUUGGUAUUGCACACCACUACAAAUUGCUGUGGCACACCCUACAAAUUGCUGUUGGACACCACUACAAAUUAAUAUGGCACACCACU